AUGGAUAAUAACGAAGAAAAGGAAUUGAUGUUUGAUGUGUACAAGUAUAGGCGUCAAUUAGACAGGAAUAAAAUUUUAAUGCACCCUCCUACUGCUAUUCGUCUUCUAGAUUCAUCCAGCCAUAACAUACAUUACGAAAUAGAUGAAGAUAAAAGACAGAAAACUUACGCCAUACUACAGGAGACUAGAACUGAAUUUACUAAGAGCAAACUACGUUCAAUUCUACUAAUAUACUCCGAUCCUGUAUGGAAGGUAUUCAUUCUUACAAUUAUUUUCACAGAAUAUAUCUUAGACACAUGCAUAUAUACGUUUUACGAACAAAAAGAGAGACCGAUGUGGAUUGUUGCUGUUAUAUUUUGUUUAAACUUCACUUUUACUUUGGACGUUGUCAUAAUUUUUGGUUUAAAAUUCUUCAAAAAAUGGAAAAAAACUUUAAACUUGGUUGAGCCAGAAACAAGCCGUGUAGCUUUAGACGUUAUACUUGCCAUGCCAUAUACUUUUUUGUAUUUAUUAAAUUAUCAAAAUAAAUACUUUGAUGUAAUUUCAAUUGCGCCGAUCAUGGCGACUAUACGUGUUUACAGAAUAAUAGAAUAUUUUUACAACAAAUCCUCCGAAGCAGGAAGUAACCAAUGGACUACAUUUCUAUUCCAAUAUCUUAUAUUAUUUUUGCUGUCUGUUCAUACUUGGACAUGUGUGUGGUAUCUGUUCUCAUAUAGAAAUUUCGAUAUACACGAAAUUCGGUCGUCGUGGUCGGCCGCUGCAAUUUACCUCCCAACAGAAGUCACAUUUGACUGGUACUUCGUGUGUACUUAUUGGUCGGUUAUGUUUCUCACAACAAAUGCACUUGGAGAUUUGUACCCAGUUACAACAAUAGAACGAGUUACAGCUAUUUUAGCUAUUUUAUUGGGAUUCUUGCUAACGACGGUUGUAUUCGUGGGAUCUUUAACAUCUUUAUUCAUAACUAUAACGACGAGACGUGCUAAAUAUGUGAGACAAUUGCAAAAUAUACAAAAUCAUCUCGACCUAAUCAAAUUGGAUAAAGAUACAACACAAAGAAUUAUAAGGUACUAUGAAGACUUAUGGUAUCAAAAGUCAGGUGUUUUCCAACCAAAAUUGUUGGAAUUAUUGCCAAGUCCAUUGCAAAUGGAAAUUUGUUACGAUUUAAACGCAGUACCGCUGUAUAGCUCUUUAAUAUUCAGAAAACUUCCGGAGGCGUUCCUUAGAAGACUGUCGCUAGAUAUGACUCAUCAGUUUUACUUGCCUGGUGAUAUUGUCUACAAUCAUAAUCACAACAAGACUAUUAUGGUGUGUAUUACUAACGGGGUUUUAGAAUUAUUAUCUGAUGAAGAUGAUGAAAGUCCGAUGAUUUCAUUUUCCAAGGGAACGUGUUUCGGUGAAAUAGCGUUGGUUUAUAACAUACCAGCAAGAUGUACGGUAAAGGCAGCAACUUAUGUGGAGUGUCAAGUUUUAAACAAGACUAAAUUCAUAAAGCUUAUGAUUACUUACCCAGACCUAGUGGAUAACAUAAGACAAGAAUUACAGGAACGUUUAACGCGAUGUCGACACAGAAAACAGAAAGAGAACAUUUAUACUCCACUGACCUUAAAUAUAUACGCUUCCAAGGACCGGAAAAAGAGUAGCAUAAAAUGUUUAAAAGAUAAAUUAAGAUAUAUUCAAGGUAAAAUAGACACAGACAUAACAAAGGAUGAUGAAUUGGAAGAGAAUUAUUUGGAUUUAUACAUAUUAUCAGAACAUGUAAAGAAAAAAAUCACAAAGUUCACGUGCCUGAAUUCUAAUUUUCCGUGGAUUUUAGGAUCAAACUGUUAUUUGGUAUACUACUGGGAACACUAUAUGCUUAUUAUUGUGUCCUAUAUUUGUUUGAUCUAUCCGUAUUACAUAGGCAUCAAAAGAAAAUUUCCUGAGGACGGUUUUUUUGUCUAUACACAAAUUGUUGUAGUUAUAUCUUUGAUAUUUAACAUUUUAAUGUCAUGCAUAACUGCAAUUAAAACGAAAAAGACCCAUUUGAAAAACUCCCGUAGUAUUCUGCAGUAUAGAAUGAAUACCUUAGGAUUUUACCUUGAUAUCAUUGCAAUAAUACCAUUUGAAUACAUUGUUACAAUACAUAGAACGGUGAACUAUCACGAUAAUUAUAUGGAACAUCUUUACUAUUUAUGUAAAGGCGUCAAACUUUGCCUUGUUUGGAGAUUGUCAAAUUUUUUUGAUAAUUUAGAAAGAAAAUUAUUACUGAACACACUUGUAAUAAAGAUUGCAAAAUACUGUAUUUAUAUAUGUCUUUUGUGUUAUUGGUGUGGUGUGAUUUUAUACAUGGAAGCAUGUUUCGUAAGCCUCUGCUCAGAAAAUUCGUGGUUUAGUAGAGCUUUAAUUUGGGAUAAUCAAAUGAAUAGUGUCGCCACUAGCAAAACAAAGUACCCGAUUAUUACGUCCGUAUAUUUUGCUACUACUAUUUUAUUGUCCGUCGGUUACGGGGAUUAUACCCCUGGAGAUAAAUAUGAUAUGGGUUUCGUCGCAUUUCUCAGUCUCUAUGGAGUACUACUAACUGGUUACUGUAUAUCAGAAUUUUCCGCUGUCGUCACACAUUGGUCUAGAACUAAAACUGCUUUUUUGGAAGUAAUCAUAACCAUAGACAAAUUCAUGGAGGAUAAUAAUAUGCAUUCAGCUAUAAAAUCUAGAAUAAUGGCUUUUUAUGAAUUACAAUGGCAAUACAACUCGGGAGUGGAGAUAACUGACGAAAAUUGGCUAGAAAACACUGUCGUGCCUUCAGAGUUGAGAAAAAAAGUAUUACAUCAAGCGCGCUUUAAAGCUCUUACUUCGAUACGAUUUUUCCAAGUGAAAAACAAAGCUUAUAUUCAAACAUUAACUGAAACCGCAAGAGAUAUUAUACUUCCACCUGGGGAAAUUGUAUACUAUGGUGGUACAGUAACUAGAGAACUAUAUAUUAUUGAAAGUGGCUACUGUUUAGUGACUUCCAAUGAUAUGAAAGAAUCCAAGAAAGAACGUGUCAUUGGACCAGGCAAUCAUUUAGGAUUACUAGUGCUACUAUAUGGAGUUCCCGCUAUUAGCACUGUGAUUACUUUGACACACUGCAAAUUGAUUUGUAUAAGCCACUCUGCUUAUACAUCAGCGUUGAGUCUGUUUCCUGACAUGAGAGAACAUGAGAACCUAUUGUCAAGCGUAGAGCUAAAUAAAAUAGAAAAUCAAGCCAAAUCUCAAAAUGCAGGAGCAUACUUGAAACACUACAAUAAACUAAUAACAAAGAAGGAAAGAGUGAAAAUUACCAACAUUUUACAAACUUUUAUUAAUAAUUCAUUUAUUAAUGUAUCGGCCUACUACAAAAGAAGGAAAGAAAAUUAUUGGAAAUCAUACAAGCAAUUUAAAAUACUAAAUAAUAUUGCUCCCUAUCUGUUGAUGCCUAUUGCUAUAAAGCCUGAUGGCAUAUUUUUAAAAACAUGGGCAAUUAUUCGAGUGAUCAGUGCAUUUUUACUGUGCAUAUUAGUUCCGAUUGUCGUUUCUUUGGCACCUUUGUAUGGCAUAUUCAACAUUACUAUAUUAGUUCUGGAAUCGAUAUGCUACAUCGAUCUUUAUCUGAUGCUCCACGUUGCUUUUUACGGAUCUAAAAACCAACUCAUUUACCAUCCUUAUUUGACAGCAAAAAACUAUCUCAAGGGUCCAUUUACACUAGAUUUUCUCACUUGUUUACCUUGGUAUGCUGUAUGGUUGUUAUUCGUUCCAAAACAUAAUGAAAAUCACUCAAAUGAAGAUCAUCAAAUAAAUUAUCACAUUUAUCAUUGCAUGUUUCGGAUGAUCAGUAUUUUACAAAUUUAUAAACUUUACUCUGCUUUCUGGGCGGAAUCUAUCGCUGCUUUAAAAAGAGCAUACUUGAUGAGUGUCGUUCAAUUCCUUUUAUUGACUUUGUUUUUUCUAAACCUAUACACGUCAAUAUUGAUAAUGAUCUCUUGUAGAUAUACAGUGGCCUCUAAUCCCCAUGAUUUUGCUCGAAAAGUAUCGGAAUUGUCUUUAAAAGGCCCAUACAUUAAUUCUACAUUUCAUCCUGAUGGGAAUAUGAUAUGUCAGAGGGGAUCUUGGAUAGAUGAAGCCAGUACUCUAAAAGACGAGUAUUUAUCUCCAAUCAAAGUAUAUCUGUUGGCUUAUUAUUGGUCGGCUACAAGUUUUAGUGGGGCCGGAUUUGGUGAUAUCACUGCCCAAGACACCACCCACAUGAUCUUGUCGAUUUGUGUUAACAUACAUGGAGUUUUAUUUUUUGGAUACGUUUAUGCAAAAAUAGCAUCACUAAAAGCAAUGGCUGAUCAAGUGAUUACGAGAUUUCAUGAAAAUCUAAAACACUUAGAACUUUUCUUGAAUAGAGAGAAAGUGCCAUUAUUGUUAAAGAAAACGGUACUCGAGUACUGGAAGUAUCAAUGGAAGAGAACUGGUGGAUGGUCGCACCAAUCCAUAUUGGGGAAAUUGCAUGCAAAUUUAAAUGAAGAUGCUGUAUUGUAUAUGUAUGAAAAGACUCUAAGAGAAAUACCACUGUUUGAAGACGUGGAAUAUUCCUUCUUCAGAGCAUUCGCAAAAAAAUUAAAGGAACAAUAUUUUCAGAAAGGGUACAUGGUAAUAAGAUCCAACGAAGUUAUAAGCGCUAUGUAUAUUAUUUACCGUGGUAAGGUGGAUAUAGUGUCAGAUAUUAAUGAAGUCGAAGCGUGUAUGGGUCCAGGAGGCAUAUUUGGUAACAUUAGAGGCGCAUCUAAAUAUUUAACGAUGUCAAACGUCGUAGCAUCUCGAAACAUCGAUUUAUUGAGCAUACAAGGUCGUGAGUUUUAUGCACUUUUAAAAAAUUAUCCAUCGGUUCUUAGAAAAGUUAAAUAUUCCGUAAACUCAGCUGUAAAAGAUUACGUGUUGCCGACUGUAUUAUCAGAACAAACUAGUUUAGAGAUACAAUCAUAUCCAUUAUCCUAUGAAGCUGGAGAUGAUGAUGAUGAUGAAGAGGAUAUAGAUCCUUCUGUUUUCUUAGAUAGUCCUGAAAAAAGUAUUGCGGAAUCUCAUGGCUCCAGAUCGAUAACGUCAGUCGGGAAUGCUGAAUAUAUUACGGCAUCGUUGUUGCUUUUUAAACCUCAUAGAUGGUUUCGUAGCAGCGUAAUCCCAGACUGCAAAUUAGUCACUUUUAUGGAAUACGUCAUUCUGAUUCUUUCGUACGUAGAUUUUAUGGCACUUGUCUAUCAGAUGGCUUUUCUCUCCAUUCCGUACUUUUUCUACAUGUGCGUGUUGUUCGAUACAAUUUUCUUUUAUAAAAUUUUCUUAGACUUGCACACCGGAUAUAUGAAUAGAUAUGGAGAUUACAUUUUAAAUCCAAAGAAAGUAAGAAAAAUGUAUUUCGGCAAAGUAUUCCUUAGAAGACGUGAUUUUUUAGCCAACAUUCCAUUAUGUUACUUGGCAUUUGCCUUAACACUGAAACCAACGAUGAAACUUGCUUUAUUUUGCUAUAUGAGAUCUCCACAACUCUUCAGAAUAUCAUAUCUUUUCACUUAUAGAACUCAUAAAAAAAUAAAUAUUGGAUCUGCAAAUUUAUUUUUUAAGUUAAUGACAAUCGCAAUAUGGGCGUCGAUACUCUCACACGUGAAUGCGUGUUUCUUUUUCAAACUUUCUUGUUUAACCCCAGUGCAUUGUGCUUCUGCUAACUGGAUGUCAAAAGACGAUCUUAAUUUAAAAGUCCAAUACAUCGAGGCCAAUUAUUUCUCUCUGUACAUCGCAGCGUUGUGGUAUAUGAUUAACUUACUAACAAUUACCGGUACAGGAGAUGUAUCUUCACAAAAUGAUUUUGAGGUCAUCGAAACGAUUAUUGUCAUAAUAGUUAUCAAAUUUUGUACAGGGCUUCUGAUAUCAGAAAUGUCUGCAAUGAUUACCGCCCACUCGUCAUCUCGUAUAGCAUACGACUACGGCAUCAGUGAACUGAGAGACGGUCUGCGUGAUAUGGACCUCAGUGAUCAUCAAAUGAACAAAAUGUGGGACUAUGUUAGAAAACUAUGGAAUAGACAGCAAGGAAGACAGAUGCCAGAAUUAGUAAACACCCUGCCAUUCCGACUUCACUGCCAAGUAAUGCAGGCUGUAUACGGGUGUCAUAUAAGAGACUCGAUAAUAUUUAGUAGGACCGAUGAUGACUUUCGAAGGAUGCUAGUCAUGUGGAUGAGGCACUGUGUAUUUUUCCCUGGAAACUACAUCGUGCAAUGUGGCGAUUCUGAUCAAUGCAUCUACUUUAUACAUAGAGGAGAGGUGGAAGUUUUAACUGUCCAUCCGAAUUUAACUGAAUCGAUUUAUGAUAUAUUAGGACCGGAAGAUAGCUUUGGUAUUGCACAGGGUCUAUUUGUCGGAAUUGCUCAUCAUUUCUCAUUCCGCGCUCGCACUGUCGUCGAUGUAGUAUAUUUGAAGUUAGAACAAUGGAAAUAUUUGUUAGACUUUUACCCUAAAUCUGCAAAAAUAGUACAACGUAAAGUUGAAAAUGUAUAUUUAGCAAUAUGA